ACUUCCGUUCCGCUCCGGGGAACCCCCCCGGGGGCGGGGCUACAGAAGCGUACAUCUCCUGCGCCGUGACGUCACAAUCCCGGCGCUGUGGAAACGACCCCUUAGCAACCGACGUGGCGACCUUUUCCUGGGCCUUCUGGCUACCCGCCGGCUCCUCAUUCCCAGUUUACCACUCGGCUGGGCCUAGCCUGGAGAAGGGCCGUGGGGGUCCCGCUGUGUCCCCCAAGUCAGCAGCCAGAGGACCGAGCAUGGAUGGCACCCGGAGAGUCAAAACAACCCCCGUCCUUCCCAGAUGUGGUCCACCAUGCCUAUUUAAAGGACACUUGAGCACCAAAAGUAAUGCUUUUUGCGCUGACUCCUCUUCUCUCAGACUAACCACCCUCCAGCUGAUCAAGAAUCACAUGGCUGUUCACUAUAAUAAAAUCCUUUCAGCCAAAGCUGUGGUAGACUGCUCAAUUCCAGUAAGCAUCAGUGCCAGCAUCAAAUAUGCAGACCAACAACGGAGAGAAAAGCUCAAAAAGGAAUUAGCACGAUGUGAAAAAGAGUUUAAAUUAAGUAAAACUUCAAUUCAGAACAAUUCUAAAAGUAAUUUCAAGUCAUUUUUUAACACUCCCCAAAAGCCUUCAGGGGAACCGCAGAACCAGGACUUGUUGAUAGAAGUGAAUGGAUUUCCAUCCUUUGCAAAGACACUCCUGCCUGCUUCUGAGACACAGCUAAGUCUGCGUAAAUCUGGCAAAGUGCCCCUGAAUGGCACUGCGAAGAACUGCAUUUCCUCUCCUUCCAGCAUGGACUGUGUAACCCCCGACCCCAGAAGCCCGGGCCCUGGAAGCAAGUAUGGCAGGAGGCCCAGGAGCGCGUUCCCUAAUUCCCACCGGUUUCAGGUAGUCGUCUCGAAAGCACCCAGUGGGGAUCUUUUGGAAAAACAUGCGGACUUCUUUUCUAACAAACAGUUGCCAUUCACUCCACGCACUUUAAAAACAGAAGCAAAAUCUUUCCUGUCACAGUAUCGCUAUUACACACCUGCCAGAAGAAAAAAGGACCUUUCAGAUUCACAGACAGAAGCUGAAACCCAGACUGAAUUGAGCAGUUUUAAUUCUAAUUUAGGAACAUCUGAGAUUAAGAAAUUGACAGAUUCAGAAGUGAACACAAAGCAGGCAUCUAACUGUGUAACAUAUGGGACCAAAGACAAAAUAACCCCUUUGUCUUUACAAGGACAUGACUUGACAUGGGAUGAAAUUAAAGACAGAACUCCGCAGCAUUCCUCCCAAAGAAUGAUAUAUCAGUAUUCUGCACAGCUUCCUUCAGAGAAUAAAAUCUACUCCAAUGAAGAAGAACUGUUGUAUUUGAGCUUCAUGGAAGAUAUAACAAGCGAAAUUUUGAAACUUGGUUUGUUUUCCAGCAGGUUUUUAGAACGACUGUUCGAGCGACAUAUAAAACAAAACAAACAUCGUUUAAAAGAGGAAAAAAUGCGCCACCUGCUGCAUGGCCUGAAAAUAGACUUAGGCUGCAUAUCAGAGGAAAACUCGGUAAAGCCAACCGAUCUCAAGACGUUGAACUCAUUUGAGUUUGAAAAGGCCAUGAAUUCAGGACGUAAUGGACUUAGAAAUGCACAGGACAUAGCAAUUCAGCAGGAACGACAGCAGUACCAGAAUGCUUUGGACAUGUUGUCUGUGCCAAAGGAUGAAAACGAGAUGUCUUCACAAGGCGAAUUUUUCAUGCCUGCCUACGAAGCAAAGAAUUCAGCAGAGGUUAUAGUUCAACAGGUAAAUGAUGAAGCAAACCUCGAACCUUCAGUUUGGGAUGAAAAUAAUCCAGGGAUUUCAGACAGCCUGAGAGACCGUGAAACUUCUGUGAACAUCAUCGACAGUGAUAGCGACACUGAAAAGGCUGAGAUGUCCAGCGCGCUGAGUCGUGUGAGCGCCUGUCUGUCCCACUCUCUUGAGUUGUAUGGCGACAGUAAUCAUGGCAAGGAGUUACCGAGUCUUAAAAUCACGGAGAUGAGCAUUGACGAUGACUGACUCUGGAUACUUGAUCAUCAUUAAUAAAUACCCCACAUGGCCACUCAGUA